GAACUGAGGACCGCCUUAGCUUUCAAGGCCGCCCUUGAGAAAGCGUCCCUGGAUGAGGACGGCUUCGAUCCGGAUACCCUUCAUCGACUUCGACACCCGGUUCAAACUCCGGUCGAUGCCGAUCCCCGCCUCCAGGAUCCUGGCUUCAAGUUUGCUCUUAGGUUGUUUGUGGACACCACUACGUCGUCUGAUAGCACAUACAACCGCAUCUGCCAGAGCUACCAGGCUACGCAUGCGGAUACAUCCAUGCCCUCUCUCCACGACAUGAAAAAGUUCGUCGCGGACCUCACUGGAAUCGCCCCCAUCCCCCGCGACAUGUGUAUGAACUCGUGUGUAGGCUUCACGGGCCCAUGGUCGGAUCUUGAGAAUUGUCCCAUCUGCGGCGAGCCUCGCUACGAGCAGGACACCGGGGCGAAGGAGCGGAAACCCCGUCGGACUUUUGACACAAUCCCUAUCGGUCCGCAGCUUGUCGCUCAGAGCCGCGACGCCAAGAACGCGGAGAGGAUG